AGUUUUCUACGUAUCAGCUAUUCAACACAAUUGUAGUUUUAUUUUUUCUUUCUAAGUUAAAUUUUUUAUUGAUCACAAGCAUGAAAAUCGAGGUAUUGGAGCUUCUGAAAAACAAUUAUGCAGCAAGAAACAUUCCCAAAGGGGUGUUCCUACUACCAUUCACUUUUCUGGUGGUGGUGAUACUACUUCUGAUCACAAACUUAAACGAAUCAUAUUCUUAUCUAUAUGGAAGCAGCGUGGAAAGCACAGAAAACUUUAGCUGCAACAUAUUUUCAGGAAAUUGGGUGCCUCAUUCCAAAGGGCCAUACUACAGUAAUGAAAGCUGCCCUUUCAUAACGUACAAGCAAAACUGCUUCAUGCAUGGGAGACCCGACAGAGAGUUCCUAAAAUGGAGAUGGAAACCUGACGAAUGUGAGCUUCCACUGUUUGAUGCCAAACAGUUUCUGAAGCUUGUUCGGGGAAAGUCCAUGGCUUUUGUAGGAGACUCAAUUGGGAGAAACCAGAUGGAGUCAUUGUUGUGUCUCCUAAAUAGUGUUGCUCGUCCUGAAGACAUUACAGCCAGAUAUACAUCAAACGACGACAAAUAUUUCAAAUGGUGGUAUUAUGCUGAUUACAAGUUCACUGUUACAAUAUUAUGGUCCCCCUUUCUAGUCAAAUCAAGUCAAACAUACCUCAACGACACUUCUUUCUCCAACGCCGAGAACCUAUACGUGGAUGAAGCAGAUAAAGCCUGGGCCAGCCACAUUGAAAAUUUCGACUACGUUAUUUUCUCAGGAGGACAAUGGUUCUUCCGACCCUUGACAUUCUACGAAAACGGCCAUGUUGUAGGGUGUCAAAAGUGCCAUAACCUGAUGGAAGACCCUCUAAACUUGUACGGAUACAGACACGCAUUCCGAACAGCUUUUAGAACCGUUAUAAACCUUAAAGGGUUCAAGGGGGUGGUGUUUAUGGUGACUCAUUCGCCGAAUCAUUUUGAGAAUGGGGAGUGGAAUAAAGGAGGGGGUUGUAAUAGAACACUGCCUGUUACAAGGGAAGAAAGUGCGUUUUUGCGUCCUUAUGGUUUGGAUGAAUUUUAUCAGACACAAGUGGAGGAAUUCACUGCUGCAGAGAAGGAAGCGAGAGAGAAAGGUUUGCGUUUUGGGUUGAUGAAUAUAACUGGCGUGAUGCUUAUGAGGCCUGAUGGACAUCCUCAUAAAUAUGGCCACAAUUUGGAUAGAAAUGUGAGCGUCAACGAUUGCGUUCAUUGGUGCAUGCCUGGCCCUGUUGAUACGUGGAAUGAGUUUUUGCUCCAUAUGAUGAAAAAGGAAAGGUUGUAAACCUUUUUCUGAAUAUAACAUAUGUUUGGGUGACUGUGUUAUGUAAAAUUAAUUUUGAUAAAAUAAAUAAAUUGAAAGUGAAAUGAUUUA